UGAGCUGCCAGACUUAGUAGUUAGAGUCCAUUUGCAGUAUAAGACACUGAUAGGCCUGACAAUAUGGAUAGGACAAAGUGAUUACUUUUUUUUUUUAGGAAUGUGAAACUAUCUUUCUUUUAGAAUCUCAAUUUAGAGUUUACAUCAACGUAACCCAAGACCAAAUAUCCCAGAUUUAUUGUGUGCUGAUUUCUGACACAGUGGAGUGAUGGAGAUCGACUCUAUGGCAGCGAACACCGCACUGAUCAGGGCUAGAACAGGUGGUGGUGGCAAAUCCAAAGGAAGAAGCAGGAGGUGGAAAGAGCUGCUGCAAUUUCCUCAUGUAAACGAGUGUGCUGAGUUGGAAAGCACCAUUGAACGAGACUACUUCAGCCUGUGUGUGGAACAGCCUAUAGGGAAAGCAUUAUUCCAACUCUUCUGUGAAACAAGACCAGAGCUCAAAUGCUGCAUCGACUUCCUGGAUGCAACGGAAGAGCAUGAGAUUAUACCAGCUGAGGAAUGGAAGAGCUAUGGGAAUGAAAUUAUUUCAAAGUAUCUCAACACAGAGUCUCCUCAAUUUGUGCAGGAGAUACUAGAUAACCAUUGGGAGUUAUGCAAGCAGAACCUGGAGCUUGACAGUUCCUACGGUCUCUUCAGUGACUGCAGAAAAGCAAUACAUGACUAUUUAAGCAGAGAGCCUUUCAAAGAUUAUCAGAAGAGCAUGUAUUUUGACCGUUUCCUGCAGUGGAAGAUGGUUGAAAGAAACCCAGUCACAAGGAACACAUUUCGGGAAUAUCGGAUUUUGGGAACGGGAGGUUUUGGGGAGGUAUGUGCAUGUCAAGUUCGGGCAUCAGGCAAAAUGUACGCCUGUAAGAAACUGGAAAAGAAGCGCAUCAAGAAGCAGAAGGCAGAAAUCUUGGCUCUCAAUGAGAAGCAAAUCCUGGAGAAAGUGAACAGCAGAUUCGUGAUCAGUUUAGCUUAUGCGUACGAGACCAAGCAAGCUCUUUGCCUGGUGUUGACACUAAUGAAUGGAGGAGAUCUGAAGUUUCACAUAUACAAGAUGGGCAUUCCAGGAUUUCCCAAGGACAGGGUGCAGUUUUAUGCAGCUCAGGUCCUUUGUGGUCUGGAUCACCUUCAUCAAAACAAUGUUAUUUACAGGGAUUUAAAGCCUGAAAACAUCCUCUUGGAUGAUAACGGUCACAUACGCAUAUCUGACCUGGGCUUGUCAGUAAUCGUACAGGAAGGACAGCUCAUUCGUGGCAGAGUGGGAACGGCUGGAUACAUGGCUCCAGAGGUCAUUAGUGGCAAGUACUACAAUGUCAGUGCUGACUGGUGGGGACUCGGCUGUCUGAUCUACGAGAUGACCGCAGCGACGCUUCCGUUCCGUGAACGCAAUGAGCAGCUGCCCCGCAAGGAGCUCGACAAAAGAAUCCUGGAAGCCAAAGAGCGCUACGGGGUCAGGUUCACAGGGGACACGAAGGAUAUCUGCCAAGCGCUCUUGGCCAAAAAUCCGGAGGAAAGGCUGGGAUGUGGCUCUGGUGGCGCAAGCGACAUAAAAGAUCAUGUGUUCUUUAAGGGCAUCAACUUCAGGUGGUUAGAGGCUGGAAUGAUGGCGCCUCCUUUUGUGCCAAAUCCAAAAGCCGUGUACUGCCAAGACGUUGUAGAUAUUGAACAAUUCUCCACAGUGAAAGGAGUCAACCUUGAUGUAACAGAUGAAGACUUUUACACCAAGUUCAGCACAGGCAGCAUAGCCAUCCCCUGGCAAAAUGAGAUGAUUGAGACGGGGUGCUUUAAAGACUUGAAUGUAUUUGCCCCCAACGGCAAAAGGACGCCAGAUCUUGAUCGUACAAUUCAGGUUGGCCCAAGUCCUAAAUCUCAAGAGAAGAAAAAGCAUCAACCAUCAUCAAAGUCCAGGCACAACUUGAUUAAUAAAAUCUUCAAAAGACAUCAUCAUAAGGAAUCCACAGAGAAGAAGACCACCAGACCAUCAAGGAAGGGUUACGAUGAGCUUCAAAUGAACUUAUUAGACCCCGAGUAUGAUUCCUUGUAAAUACAUGCAAAGUCUCUGACUGGAAGUUUCGACAGAGAUGUAAUAAAAGGUUUGUGUCGCUGAAAGGACUAGUUCCAAGAUUUAACUAGGAUUUAAACUAGCAGGCUUGGUGCUGACGUUUUACGGAUCAUCGUUACAGUAUGAGGAAGUAAAUAUGUGCCUUACUUUAUGAUUUCUUUAACAUUUUUUUCAUUUGUUUUAUACUGUUACAUAAAAUAUGACUGAAAAUCA